UCAGUCCGCCAUUUUCCCUGGAGUGAGGCGAAGAGGCGGCGGUGGAGAAAGAGCUUCCUGUGGCGCCACGGAGAGGGACGGACGGAGAGGAACAUAAGGAAUUCAUAGCGAUAUCUCUGGUGUGAUGACAACAAAAGCAGCAUCUAGUGCACAUUGGGGGAUUUGGAAACCAAAGAAGCUGUAAGGAAAAGAGUCCUAUAUGAAAAAGACAUCCUCUCAAGGUGCUGUUCCUGUUGAACUGACUUUGGAUCGGAAAGGGAAAAAGAAGUAUCCAUAUUGCAGUUAAAAAAACAUACCACUGUCAACAUGCAGGAGAAACCCUAUAAAUGCCUGGAGUGUGGAAAGAGCUUCAAACACAAUCAAAGUCUGCAGCCACAUCAAAGGACUCACACUGGGGAGAAACCCUAUACAUGCCUAGAAUGUGGACUAGGUUUAACUCGGAAGGAUAAUCUGCAGCAACAUGAAAGGACUCACACUGGGGAGAAACCCUAUGAAUGCCUGGUGUGUGGAAAGAGCUUCACUCAGAGGAAACAUCUGCAGCAACAUGAAAGGAUUCACACUGGUGAUAAAUCCUAUGAAUGCCUGGAAUGUGGAAAGAGCUUCACCCGGUAUGGGAGUCUGCAGUCUCACCACAGAACUCACACUGGGGAGAAACCCUAUAARUGUCUGGAAUGUGGAAUGAACUUCACCCAAAGUGGUCAUCUACAUUCACAUCAAAGGACUCACACUGGGGAGAAACCCUAUGAAUGCCUGGAGUGUGGAAGGAGUUUCACUUUGAGAUGUCAUCUGCAGCGACAUGAAAGGAUUCACACUGGGGAGAAACCCUAUGAAUGCCUGGAGUGUGGAAAGAGUUUCACUUUGAGACAUAAUCUGCAGCAACAUGAAAGGAUUCACACUGGUGAUAAAUCCUAUAAAUGCCUGGAAUGUGGAAAGAGAUUCACUCAUAGUGGAACUCUACAGGAACACCAACAAACUCACACUGGGGAGAAACCCUAUAAAUGCCUGAAGUGUGGAAAGAGAUUCACUUGGCAUGGGAAUCUGCGGUAUCACCACAGAACUCACACUGGGGAGAAACCCUAUAAAUGUCUGGAAUGUGGAAAGAACUUCAGCCGGAGUGGAAGUCUACAUUCACAUCAACGAACUCACACUGGGGAGAAACCCUAUGAAUGCCUGGAGUGUGGAAUGAGUUUCACUUUGAGACAUCAGCUGCAGCAACAUGAAAGGAUCCACACUGGGGAGAAACCCUAUAAAUGCCUGGAGUGUGGAAAGAACUUCACAGGCAGUGGAAACCUACGUAGACACCAACGAACUCACACUGGGGAGAAACCCUAUGAAUGCCUGGAGUGUGGAAAGAACUUCACUGCCAGUGGAGACCUACGUAGACACCAACGAACUCACACUGGGGAGAAACUCUAUAAAUGCCUGGAGUGUGGAAAAAGCUUCUCUGAAAGUAGAAAUCUUCUAAAACAUAAUAGAACGCACACUGGGAUGCCUUGAGUAUGGAAAGCGUUUCACUGGGAGGGGUCAUCUGAGCCUUGAGUAUGGAAAGCGUUUCACUGGGAGGGGCCGGAUAAAUGCCCUCGGGGGGCCGGGUCUUGCCCGCGGGCCGUAGUUUGUGGACCCCUGAAAUAGAUAAAUGUAGAAGAAUGGGAGGAACUUUGGAGGAAUUGCUUACAAUUUUCAAGAAGUUACUCCGUUAAAGAAAAGUUUUACAAAAUGAUUCGCAGAUGUUACAUAACUUGAGAAAAAUCGUAGAAGAUAAAUUAAAAAAAAUGAAUUUAUGCUGGAAAUGUAAAGAAAUGACUGGAACCUUUUAUCAUAUGUGCUGAACUUGCCCAAAGGCUACAAGUGCAUACCAACAUUGAAAACAAAAUUUAAAAAACUAAGUAACACUGAAUCCAGAACAUUUUUAAUUGGGACUUUUAGACAAGCAAAUCCCAAAACAGCAGGAAAGAAUCUUCCUGUACAUGACUACAGCAGCAAGAAAUGAAUAUGCAAAACUAUGGAAAAAACAAAGAACACCAACACCAGAGGAAUGGAUUAUAACUUUUUUUAAAUGGCUGAUAUUCUGGAAAUGUAAAGAAAUGACUGGAACCUUUUAUCCUAUGUGCUGAACUUGCCCAAAAGCUAAAGCCUUCUAGAUAAGAGUGCAUAUUUUAUUGAAACAUUUUUUUU